AUGUCCAAGCCAACCCCAAUGGACGCGUGGACCACAAGAACCCAAAGCGAAACAAGCUCGCUCAGCGGCACAACCGGCGUCUACACGCCCACACACACAACAUCACCAGCCGACCUCGCCUCGAUCCCCCUCCCCGCACCCUUCUCCACAGACGGGGGCAUCGGGUCCGCGCCCGAAGCAGGCGGGACAUACAUGAUCCGGCACUUGGACACGGGAAAAGCCCUGUCCCUUUCCGGCGGAGAAUUGGUGCUACAAGCCGACACCGGUAUAGACGGGGGCUGGCGAUGGCACUGUAGCGAGAGCCACGACGGGUGGCUGUCCUUCCGGGAGACGGUGUCGGGGGUCUAUUUAGGACGGGACGGCUGGGGCGGAUUUCAGGCGAAGGCGCGGAAUCCGGAUGGGUGGGAGAAAUUGCUUAUCCGGCCGCGCGAGGCUGGGGGGUGUAAUAUCUUCGCGAUGGAUUGGUGGAAGUUGAUGGCUAUGAGUACUAGAGGAACGGACGGCAAAUUGUUUGAGACUAAUACGGUGACAGAGGCUUCGCGGUGGGAGUUUGUGCGGGUGUCAGAGUUCGGUGGUUGA